UUAUUAUUAUGCAAUUGUUGAACCCGGAACAAACAAGUUUCUUAUGAAGUUAUUGACAGGUGUCGUCUUAAUUUGUUUCGUGAACUUUCGUUCAGUUUGCUGCAAUAAUGAACGAAAUUUUAGUCAGAACCAAUCGGAGUUUUUAUAAUGUUGGAGAUACAGUUUAUGGCCUGGUUUACCUCAACAUUGUACAUCCAACAAAUGGACGAGGUGUUAAGAUCUCCAUAAAUGGUUACAGUAAAGUAAAAUAUAGUCCAAAGUCAAAGGACGUUCCUUCAUCAGAAGUUGUACAAGAGUUACAAGCUGAAAAGAACUACCUUAAAUGUCAAGAUGUUGUUUUAUAUGUAUUAGAAGAGUCCCUCAUGAUUGGCGCCUACAUAUUUCCAUUUAAGGUUUUAUUGCCCCCGAAUAUACCAGGUUCUAUAACUGUGUUUGGAGAGAAUGAAGAUGCAAUAUGGUAUGCAUUUGUCGACUAUAACAUUAACGCCGUGGUUAUUGAUUGUAAAGAGGUGUAUACAACUGAAACUUUUCAAGUGAGAACAUCUCCUCCUGUUGAUUAUCCUCUUGAAGUUACUGCACAGUGUCAACAAUCAUUUCUGAGAUUUUGGAAUCAAAAUUACUCGGUAAAAGCAAGGUUUGACGCAGCUGGUUAUGUACCUGGAGAAGAUAAUGCUAAAUUAUGUCUUCAAUAUAAUACCUCAUCAAAUAUCAAAAUUAAAGAAAUUAUAGUAAAGCUUUUGAAGUCCCUUGCAUUAUCUGGUGGAUCAGCGGGCCGUAAAUCUGUUACUGAGGAAAGUUUUGAUUCCGCUCAACCCUCUUAUAUUUUACCAUAUCGCACACAGGAAAGUAAUGUUUGGCAAACUUGCUUAACAUAUACUAAUGAAGAAUUACCUAACAUACCUCUUGAAAUUAAAAUACCUCUAAAAGACUUAUCACCCACCACCAGCACUGAGAUUAUUCAGUGUUUCUAUAAAGUGAAAAUACAUAUAACUCUACAGAACAAUAAAUCAGUUCAGCUUGAUGUGCCUGGACCCUAUGUACUAUCUCCCCUCGAUGAAAAGUGGUGUAAUCGGAUAUGUCCAGAUUGGAUGAACAAAGGAAAAACAACCUUACCAAAUGUCUCUCUUGGAGAAAAUUUUAGGGUUUCUAGAAGACUCUUAUAUGAAGAAUUUUUUGGACUUCCAGGAUUUUUACCAUUGUGACAUUAUCACCCAUAUUUUCGUGCAAACCCUUUUUGAUACUCCAAGAAAGCAGUUUUUGUAACUGACAUUUAAUGACAAGAUCUAUUUAUAUAUUUAUACAUAGAUAUUUAAAAAUUGUUUUCUUUGCUUACACACGCAUUUCACUUUGUUAACAUGUAACAGAGUUACAAUGUCAAAUCACUUUCUAAUGGAUCUCACAUGACUCACAUAUAUUCUUUAUGUUCUAUCAUGAAAUGUAGCAUACAUUCCUAUUAUAUAAAUAAAUAAUUCCAUUUGUUGUUGAAUCCCAGGUCAGCUUUGAGUGAGCAGACCUAGAGUGAAAAAUAUUCCAGCUCUGACCAUCCAGUCUUUCUUUCAGAUAUAUACAUUAACUAAGUCAUUCAUAAAUUAUGACCCCUCCUAUUCGUUUAAUGCUGACAUAUUUAUAUUCUAAUUAGUUUCCAUUGUUGUUUCUCUUAUGAGAUCAUAUAUAAAUGUUAAAUAUAUCUCAUAAGUUGUAAGGGAAUUUUUAAGUGUAGGUUGCUUUCACAAGGUUUUAUGACAUAAAAUGGAUGAGUGACAAUUUUUUUCAAAUUAAACCAUUGGUUUAUUUAACUUGGAGUCAAAUUUCACUCAAAUCACACCUUACCAUCCUAAAAAUAUAAAGAUUGCAACAUGCUGUCUUAGAUAAAGUAUGUUUGAAGAAAAAAAGGGAUGUUCAUAGCUGGAAUGCUUUUGAUCAUAAGUCUGCUGGAUCAAUACUGGCCUGGGACUAAUCAACACUAAUAACAAUUUCACAAGUAACAUUCUCAGAAAAUCUCAUGCAUAUUUCCAACAGAAAUAUAAAUAUUCUGCCCAGAGUCACAAUGAAAUGACAGAAGCAAAAUUAAACACAUGAUCUAUAAGUUUGUAGUCUAAUACAUUAUCCACCCUACCAUUCUAUCACUAUGUAAGGUGCUAUAGUCAAGAGAAAAAUUAUAGAUACUUGAAAAUGCCAUUCUUUGUUAAUAAUAAUGAUUAAACAAGAAUGUAUUAUCUCUGAUGCUUGGGUUAGCAAAACCAUUACCAGUUUCUUUAAAAGUAGGGGUGACAUAGCAAAGAUAAGUAAAUCAUAGAUUUUUAUAAAAGAGUUUUAAAAAGUAAUAGUUGUAGAGAGAAAGUAAUUGCUAAAUUAGAUAAUAUAGCAGAUUGUUUCUAUAGGGAUAGGAUGUCACAGAUGUCCUUUUUCUAGUGAAUUUUAAGAAAAACUACUUAGCAAAGAACAGUUUGCAUUUUUCUGUAAAAUGCAGGUUACAUGCCUAUUUGACAAUAUGAGGAAGCUACAUAUGGACAAGUAGUUUUAAGGAUGUCUUGAAGUUAUAAUCAAAAUCCUCUCAUUACACAGCCACAACAACAACAAGUAUAAAUUAUGAUGAUGAUAUUACUCUCUUCGCAGGCACCAUCUAAGAUGCUACCUUCCUUCUGCAUGACUUUGAAAAAAUGGUAGCAGAUAUUAGUAGAUAGGUCAAUAUCUCAAUAUUUCUGCUACUAUCAGGAGGGAUCAAUAGGCACAAUCACACAAUACCUUGUAAAAUUUAUAGACUCCUUUGUAUAUAGGAAAUAACAUCACAUCCACAGCUAAUACAGUAAAAACAAAUGUCCUCUGAAAGCAUGGGCUAUUUUUGGUUUUAGUGUCAUUUGGAAGUUAUCACUUCCUGAUGAUCUUAAAAGAAGCUUAUUCUAUGUCACUUCUGAAUCAGUGCUUUUGUACAGGUCCACAACCUGGACACUUUCUAAGCACCUGAAAACAAGGCUUAAUGGCUAUCACACCUGCCUAUUAUGGGUAGUUCUGAAUGUUUCAUUGAAAAAGCAUUCAUCCAAACAAAGACCAUAUGGCUGUCUUCAUGCAAUUUCCAAUAUCAUUAGAGAGAAAAGCAUGUGUUUUGCAGGACAUUGUUGGAGAGCUAAACAAAAACCUAUUAAUGAUACAUUCCUAUGGACAUCUUGACACAGAUAUACAUGUGUUGGCCAUUCAGCAAAAUCCUUCAUCAACCAGCUUUGUAUAGGUACUAGAUGUUGCCCUGUCGAUUUCCUGAAUACCAUGUGGUAUUAUGUAUGAUUGGUGGUAUGAUUGAGUCACAAAGAUCUGAAUAAGCUUGACUAGAUGAUUGACCAAAUGAUGUAAAGAUAGCAAAAGGAAGAUUAAGAUAAUAUUAAAAACUUCAUUAGUAGCUGUUACAUUAUGAGUUUGACUUUAUAAAUCAAGAAGAAAUAGUUCACUACUUUAGAUGUAUCACAUACACUAAUCUAAUGAACUGUGCAAAGAACUAAUGACUAAAUACCCAGAGUUACCCCUAUGAUUUUAUAGAAAUAGCUAUGUUACUUAGGUAAUCUAAUUAGAGGACUUACUUUGACUAACGAGGAACUAAUCGAGCUUGAUUAGUUGUGUGUGAUAAUGCUGAUAAUAUAUGUUGCUUUUUGAAAGAGGAAAUAUAUCUGUCUGUCUAUCUAUAUAUAUGUGUGUGUGUGUGUAUAUAUAUAUAUGUAUAUAUAUCAAAGACCAGUUUCACUCCUUGUUCUGUUUUCAUUUAAUUUAAUUUUUAAUUGAAUAAAAUUUUGAAGUUUUCUCCCUUUUCUUCUUUGAAGAAAAUUGUCAGUUAUGCUGAUGACUUUUUUUUCAUUGUGGGUUUAAUUUUAACUGAUGAGAAAUCACUUCUUGGUUCAUAAAAUAUGUUAGCCUGCAUGUAACCACCUAACUUUAUGUCUACUUUCAAAAGAGCCUUGUGAUGGAAAUUCAGAUCUUGAAAGUAUAAAACCUCUGACCAUAUAUUCUGCAUUGAUAACUAUAAACAAGUAGCAAUCUGUCUUCCAAGUUAUCUCUAGCUGAUCUCCUAAUGGUUACUAAAUACAUAAUUUUACAUGCAAACUCUGAAAUUGGUCUGUCAAAAUAAAAAAAAAAUUUAUAAUGUUAAUAAAUUGAAGAGAUUUCAAGUUAGCUGUUUUAGUGGUUUUGAUGUUGAUAGUAUUUUAGCUUCUGUUCCAUCUAUUCAUCUCUGCCCACAAUUCCUGGGUGGGUCAUAGGGUAGAGUCCUCAGGCACCUCUUCCAUAGGGUCCUAUCAGAAGCAACUGUCAUUACAUUUUCCAAUUGGAUUCCCAAGCAUGACCAACAGCAACUGUGGGUAUUAUCCAAAUAUCUCAUUAUCUCAUUCAUGGUCUACUAGGUUUCCUACCAGUUGGCUCAGUUUGAAGAAUCUGUCUUGUGUUUUUUUUUCCCUCAACAUUCUAAUCACAUGUCCAUAGUACUGAGCUGUGACUCUCUAUGUGAAAUAGCAGCUCAAUCUCUGAGUUAUGCAUCCAGUUGAGUCACAUGACACCAGAAUUCCUUCAGAGGAACUCCAUUUUGUCUGCUUGUAUUCAAAAUUGUACUCUUUUGGGCAUCACCUAGCAUGCAUGACUGUAGGUGAGGAUUUGCACAAAAACCAAAUUGAAGAUAAUGAGUUUGGCCUUUUUACCAACCGUUUCUGACGAUCAAAUGCGGAAACUGGUGCAUUACUGUGCCUGCAAUUCUAACAUUCAGUUCAACCUCUCCUGCUUCUCAUCACUUGUGAAUAUGGCCUUGAGACACUUAAACUUCUGCACUUGUCUUGGUGAUGUUCUACUAACAUACAGGUUGCAUUGGGAAGACUUUCUUAAGAAGACUAAUGUCUCAGUGUUUGCAACAUUACUUCUAAUUGCUAUUGGAUAUUUAAAAAAAAAUGACAUGGUAAAGUUAAAUCAAGCACUUUCAAACCUAACAUUUUUAAAAAAUAAAUUCUCAGAUUAAUUAAAAUAAAUAACUUCCAAAAUAAUAUUCACCUACAACUAGCACUAUGAAACUGAAAGCAACUUUAUCAGUGGUGGAGGUGUACUAAGUUUCGUUCAGUUCCAUCCCUUCUCUUUGAAUGCAAAUCUACUAUAUAAAUGUGAGUGUAUGUGGUUUAUGUAUGUGUGUUUAGCUCUAAUAGGCUCUGAAAUAGUGCGUCUUCAAAAAAA